GGGCCCCAAGGUGGCUCCACCCAGUGCGAGGGCAGAGCCGUCCCCACCUCGGACUUGGCCUGGGGCAGACGCCGAGACAAACUCAGGAACCUCGCGCAGCCUGGAGCUUGCGACGCGGCGCCGGUGCCAGACUACUGCUUGUCGACUGAUCGCGAGGGCUGCGUGUCCCGGGUCUCAUCCACGACAUGGCUUCCAGCCUGAAGUCAUCCAAGAAAUUGAUCGUUUUCUUAGGAAAAUCGAUGAUUGCUUUUGUGGAGUUUUUGAUUUUCACCAUCAUCCCCAAACCACGGAAGAAUGUUGCUGGUGAAAUCGUGCUCAUCACUGGAGCUGGGAGCGGACUGGGAAGGCUCUUGGCCCUUCGAUUUGCCCACCUUGGAUCCGUGCUGGUUCUCUGGGAUAUCAACAAGGAGGGGAACGAGGAAACGUGCAGGAUGGUGCGGGAAGCUGGAGCCACGAGAGUUUAUGCCUACACUUGCGACUGCAGCCAAAAGGAAAACAUAUACAGAGUGGCCGAGCAGGUUAAAAAAGAAGUUGGCGAUGUCUCCAUCCUAAUCAACAAUGCCGGAGUCGUGACAGGCCAAAGUUUCCUCGACUGCCCAGAUGAAUUGAUAGAAAAGACUUUAGAUGUGAAUUUUAAAGCACAUUUAUGGACUUACAAAUCCUUUCUUCCUGCUAUGAUCGCUAAUGAGCAUGGACAUUUGGUUUGCAUUUCAAGUAUGGCUGGAUUAGUUGGAGUGAAUAAACUGGCAGAUUACUGUGCAAGUAAAUUUGCAGCCUUUGGAUUUGCUGAAUCUGUAUUUAUGGAAAUAGUAGUCAAGAAACUAAAGGGGAUCAAAACCACUAUUGUGUGCCCAUUUUUUAUAAAAACUGGAAUGUUUGAAGGUUGUUCUACUGCCCAUCCUUUCCUGUUACCCCUUCUGGAACCAGACUAUGUAGCUGACAAGAUAGUAGAUGGCAUCCUGACAGACAAAAUAUACUUAAAUGUGCCAAAGUUUAUAUCCUUCCUAUUGUUCUUAAAAAGUAUCUUGCCUACCAAGAUGGCAGUGCUUAUGGCUGACUAUAUGGGCGCUUCUAAUAUGAUGGACACCUUUGUUGGCAAGAACAAGAAAAACUAAAGACCAACUCAAUGGCUGAUAGCUAGCAUUCCAUAAUCCUGAUUUCAAGAAAAGCAUUUUUGUCCAACAGUGUAUCUGGAAACUACAAGUACCAUUCUUUCUCUGCUCUCUGGACUAUUUUCAACCUAUCUGCUUUCUGGUUGUUGUUGUUGUUGUUUAGUUAAAAAAAGAAGAGCCCAUUUUUGUCAUUUCUGCUUGCAACUGAUUUGUUAAGAAAAUGAAUCCUGUCUCUCGAACUGCCCUUCACUUUGGUCAUUGGGGAUAAGGCCCAAGUGGAAGAGGUGGCUUUGCUUGAACCUGCAGCAGGGUACAGUGAGGAGUGAAGAGGAUGGAUGAGUAUUUUGCUUGAAUGCCCUCUAUACAAAGGACACAGAGUUCAGGGUUCCCUGUCACCUUGAGUCCCAUGUCCUUCUUUCCAAAGCCAGCCAUACAAAUCCUUUGUUCUACAUAUCCCAGGUACUCAGACUACAUACCAGUCCCACUCAGGGUAUGUUAGGGGCCACUGUGUCCUGCACAUUCCCUGAAUGAACUUAGUAGGCAGUGAUUUUAGACCAAAUUCUAUGUAGGAGCAUUUUUUUUUUUUCCCCUAGAAGAGAUAAAAGAAUGGUGGCUACUUAUUCGGAAAAUGACAUUCCUCUGAGUUAGAUGAACUGCUGCCUAGUGGACUGGAAAACAUAUUCAUGUGAUUAAUUUCAACUGUUUAAUUUAGUAUUUCAGGGUGAGAUUCGUGUUGUAUUUUUCCACAGAAUGGACAGGUCUAUGAAUUGGCAUUCAUCUGUGAUGCCUUCAUUUCAGAUCUAUUGUAUGCUUACAGUUUAAUGAAUUGGCCAACUGGAGAUUGGAGAUUCACUAUAAAAGGAAGAUUGAGAAAAAUAUGUUAAUUACCAUAUCCCUGAAACUCCUUUCCAGGCUGGGAGGGGCAUCUGCCUUUCGAGAAAAACAGGUGCCUUUGUCUCUUACCUUCUUUUGUGUGGGGAGCAGGAAAGGAUGAGAAGUACCUCAGAAGACUCUUUGAGAGUCAAAAGAAACAAGUCGUGAAUAUCUUGGGGGUAAGAUGCUCUUAGAAAGGCAGUGGCCUCAGGGAAUAUGGAAGCUGGAAUCCACUGUGGACUGAUUUAGCUUGAGCUGCCUGAGUGAUUCUGACAACUCUGCCCCUAUAUUUCCUGUCCAUGCAGAAAGCCUCCAAAAAGAGGGAGAGGGGGAAAAAAACAACAAUAACAACAACUUGUUUUAUAAUAAUAAAAGUAAUAGCUGAGGUUUUAUUGUGCCUGGCACAAAUCUAUGCCCCCAACACACAUUAUUUCUCUAAACAAGCAUAUCACACCAUUACUCAAGGAAUAAUGAAGGUAUUUGGUGUAUGCUGAAGAAUAAAAGACAUUUUAUUU